CCUAGUUAAAUGAGGACAGUAUAUUGUUUCCUUGUAACAUCAGUUCGUCUGAGUCAAGUUUUAAAAUGGACGUCACAGUUAAAUUGUGCUUAAUAUUUAUGUGCAUAGCAUUCAAACUUCAAAAUGCUUCGGCUACAGCGCAAAUCUCAAAUAUAGCAUUGAACACUGACGACAAAAUACGGAAAUGUACGAGCCAAUUAUCAACCUGCUCGGUAAAAUUCGGUAACCAACUUAUUCGUGGAGAAAAAGGUGAACCAGGAUCAGUCGGUGAACCUGGGAAACCAGGAAAAGAUGGAGCAAAAGGAGACCAAGGACCAAUUGGUUUUCCAGGAUUAGCAGGGUUGCAAGGACCGAAAGGUGAAAUCGGGCCUUUGGGACCCAAAGGUGAUAAAGGCGAACGUGGGCUCACCGGUAACCCAGGACCAAUAGGACCACCUGGACUUGAAGGGAAACCUGGAAUAUGCCCAUGUGUAUUGCCAGGCCUCAAAAAAUCUAGUAUGGAAGUCGGGGAUGAUGCAUGGGACCCAGAAGUAGCAGUAGAAAAACCUUGUAAAGCUGCACCUAGCGAUAUCGAAAGCGGAAAAUACACAAUGGGACCUCUUGAUAAAGAAUUCGAAGUCUACUGUAACAUGACCACUCUAGAAACUUGCAUGCCUAAUAAAAAUGUAACUUCAGAAAUAAACCAUAAAUCAGUUAAUCAAUCAGUCUGGUUAAGCUCUUUGGGUGUGCAUCUGAUGGAUCUUUACCAACUAACAAUAGAACAAAUAACAUGGCUUCAAGAAAGAUCAGUGACAGUUCAGCAAACAAUUAAAUAUCACUGUUGGGACUCGGUACCUUAUCCUAAAAACAAUACUUCAGCAACAUCACUAGAACUACUGACUUGGAACGAUGUUGUAAUCGGACCAUUUCCGACUCCAAAAACGCCAGUUUAUUAUACAGUACCAACGGAAACUGAUCAUUGUGAGGAAGGUGUUAAAGAAUGGAGGAGUACUAUUAUAAAAAUUCGAAGUUCAUUUGCGCACAGGUUGCCUAUAACCGAUAUUUUGAUAAAAGAUAAUCGCAACGCCGAUCAAAAGUUUAAGAUUGAAGUUACAGAAUUAUGUUUUGGCUGAUACUUAUGAUAAAAAAUAGUUAUAAUACCUAUUUUGGUGAUAAUUAUGAUUGAAUAAAAUAGUGUUCGUGUUA